GGAAUGUUGUGUCGAGAUGAUUCAUUUGAGCUCGCCUUUAAGCUGAAGUGAAAAGUUUGAGUUAAUUUAAUUAACUACAUCGGUAAAAGGAUAUGCCUGUUGGGGUGUUCAGUUGUGUGCAUUGUGUUAAAAUGGACUAUGAUGUCCAAGAAGGAACAAUACCUAGAGAUUUUAUUGAAUAUGAUUUUGCUGAAGAUGCUUUGGAUUUUGAGAAUCAGUUAGCGGAAGCACGUGAUGUGAAGUUUACUCAGACACUUAACGAACAGCUGUCGAUAGGAGCGCACAUAGUUUGCACGGGUACACCCAGCGAAGAUUUGCCAUGGUUCACUGUGAACAUAGGCGUGGGAGAUCCAGAAGGACGCGGCGACAUCUCGGUACAUUUCAACGUACGGCUGCCGCAGCAGUAUGUGGUGCGCAACACGCGCCGCCAUGACAAAUGGGGCUUAGAGGAAACCACCGCUUUUAGAUUAUUUCCAUUUAAAAUGGACCGUCCUUUCACGAUAGAGGUGCUAGUUGAAGAGAAGGAAACUCUAUGGGCGGUGGACGGGGAGCAUUAUUGCAGUUUUAGUCACAGAAAUCCCAGUCCACUUGCUGCUACAUGGGUGCAGGUGGCGGGUGUGAGAAACGCGACCUUACAAAUUGGCAAAACAUCCGAAUAUCCUACUUUGGCGGCCCCGCCAGUAGAGGUACCAUUGAGGCCGUCUGUAGACGCUCCUCCAGAAUCGUUGGAGAUAAAUUGCUGGCGACCUAAUGUUAUCGCAACUCUGUCCAAUGGAGUUCCAGAAGGACACCAAAUAGUUAUCCAUGGGAGGUUGCGUCCGCUGCUGCACUCGUUCGCGAUCGACCUCAUGGAUUACGCGCGCGAGUGGCCGUUCCCCAACAUCCUGAUGCACGCGAAUGUUCGCGCGCACGUGGAGUCUCAGAAGGAUCGCCAGCUAGUUGUUUUCAACGCGUGGCUUGGUGCUUGGGGACCUGAGAGGAGGCAACGCACCGCCCGACUCGUGCCUGGUAGUAAGUGCACGUUCAAAAUAAUCCGUGGUGGUGACGAAUGGUCCGUAUACGCUGACGACGUUCUCAUAGGCGAGUUGGAAUACAGGGCAGCUCCAGCGGGUGUGAAAGCGAUCAGAGUACGGGGGGAUUUCUAUCCGGACGAUAUAUACUUGUGUCCUGCAACCAGUUCUCCGAUACGAGAACAGAUCAGUUCUUGAACGAACGAAACUAUGCCUGCGGGAUAUCGAUGUCAAGCGGGAGUAAUAGCGGUCAGAGUACGGGAAUAUUUCUAUCCGGGCGAUAUAUACUUAAGUCCUACCAUAAGUUCUCCGAUACAGGAACAGAUCUUCUUGAACGAACGAAAGUAUGCCUGUGGGAUGUCGAAGGGUAUGAAAGUGGUCAAAGUACGGGGAGAUUCUAUCCGGACGAUAUAUACUUAUGUCCUGCUUCCAGUUCAUCGCUACGGGAACAGAUCAGCUCUUAAACGAAAGAAAGUAUGCCUGCGGCAUAUAAACAUCAAGCGGAUGUGAAAAUGGUCAGAGUACGAGGGGAUUUCUACGCGGACGAUAAAUACUUGUGUCUUGCCACAAACUCUCCGAUACGGGAACAGAUCACUUUUUGAAUGAACGAAAUUCAUAAAAUUCUGCGGCGUAUCGUUAUCAAGCGGAAGUAAAAGUGAUCAGAGUACGAGGUGAUUUCUGUCCGGACGAUUUAUACUUGAGACUUGCAACUAUCUCACUGCUUCUGGAAUAAAUCACCUCUUGAACGAACGAAACGUAUGCUUGCGGGAUAUCGAUGUCUAAUUUUAAUAUUGCUGCGCCUGAUUCCUACUCUAUAUUCUAUUGUUUCGAAUGUCAUAGAGUACCAAGGGCACGCCUAGAUUAAGAAUACUACGCCAGAGUGUUGGCAUUACGCGGAUGGUGCUUCUGGAGAUCUAAAAUUGCGAGAUUAAGAAAUAUUAAAUGACAAGAUAUUUCAUGUAACAUUAAACGAACAUAACAUGAAACAAAUGUCGCUAUUUCAGACCUCUGGUAUCGCGAGCGUUUAAAGCGUCCAUUGGCUGCGGUACUGCUUGCCGAUUUGUGUAUGCGGAUCUCAUGCUUGUUUGUAAUUAUGACGGCACUUCACUUAGCUAUUCGUAUUUGCAAUUCGUAAACUUGACAGAAGUCUGUCCUUAUCUUAGUUUUAUAAGGAAUGAAAAGGAUAGGCUGAUGUCAAAAAUCAAAAACAAAAGCUGCGGGAGUACCUAAGAUACCUACUUACUACUGCAUCUAAAUAACUAUUAUACUCUAAUAUUCAUAGAAAGUUUAUUUUUAAUUCGUCACAUAGAAAUCACUUGCAACGUUCUGAUGGCCCUUUACUAAAAGAAAAAGCAACCGAGUUGUGUAUGACUUGUAACCCAUUAUAGGCGUCAGACAUUUUGUUUGUCCAGUCGAGUCUGCGACAUAAAAUUUAUUACUUAAAGUAUUGUUGUCAAAAAGUCUAGUGUGUGCCUUGCUCUUGUGGAAGAAGUUAUUGGCUUUGCAACGG